AUGGACAAAACCUGGGAAUUUUAUGAAGGAGUGGCAAGCAUAUCUAAACUUUGUUCGCAUGACAGUGACAAAUCCACCCAAGUUACCCCGCCAUCCUUCAUUUCCUUUACAACGAAUAGAAACAUUGGUUCAGCGCAAAUCUGUGCAAAAACCAAUAACCAUGAAAAUGAUUAUACAAUACAACAACCGAUACCAACCAUUGCGCAACCGAGAAAAAAGAAAUAUCCUGUUACAUCACGUGUUCCCAAUUACAAGGCAUUAAUUCCAAUUAAUUUAACAUCCACAAGAAAAGUUCCUUCGAGAGAGUCGGGUUUUGCUGUUCCUAAGUUUAUGUUUAUUAACAUAUGUAGUCUGGCAAAAACAAAAAAUCGAGUACGAGCUGUAGUUGCACUGGAGGCAGACUUGGUCAAUAACGAUAUAGAUGUAUGUGUGGUGAGCGAGAGUCACCUGAAACCUGAAAUGCCAGAUGCUGUGGUGACCAUUCACAAUUAUUCAAUAUUUAGAAGAGAUAGAAGUUGGGAAGGACGCGAUAUGAGAGCAAAAGGAGGGGUAGCAAUAUAUGUUCGGAACAACUUAAAAGUUAUUGAUAUUUAUCGAUCCAGUUUGUACGAACUUAUUGGUGUCACACUUCUGUUACCUACAGGAAACCGCAUGUCGAUAUAUGGCCUUUAUCACCCACCUAGGCACAAUUAUCUGGAGAGCGACUUAUUGGAUUAUUUGAUAAAUAUUUCUGACGACGUUCUGGACAAAUAUCCAGACACUGUAAUUGUUUGUGGAGGGGAUUUGAACAGUUUGGACAUAAAACACCUUGAGGAACUAUCAGGAUGGGAUGCAAUGGUCGACUUUUCAACAAGGGGUAACGCAUGUCUGGAUAACUGCCUUACAAAUAGAAUAGAUUUGUUCUCAAAAUGUUAUCCUUUCCACAUGUUAACUAAAACAGACCACAUGGGGGUUAUUUUACCAGCAGGGACGAAACUAAAACCUAUGCGCCGAAAGGUUGAAUUUCGGGAUUGUAGAAAGCAUCGAAAGGAAGAUUUCCACAAAGCUUUAGCAGAAGAAGAUUGGGAGGAUGUAUCGCAGUCCACGAAUGUAAAUGACGCUGUGAAUUGUCUUGAACGUAAGAUCAUGGAUCAUAUGAAUAAAUGUAUGCCCACAAAAACAGUCUCAAUUUCGUCACGUGACCCUUACUGGAUGAGUCCUUUAAUUAAAUCUUUCCUAAAAUCUAAAUCCAGAAUUGCUCGGUCGCAAAAGGAUAGACUCAGUUUAAUUAACAAAAGGAUUUCUGAUGUCAUUUGUCAAAACAGAAGAAAUUUUAGGGCCUUGGUGGGAAGUAGAACUUGGUGGAGAAAGGCGAAUGAUAUUUCUCAGCGAAAUGCAUCGUCAUCAAGAGUUACUUUAGAUAAUGCAUCACUUACAAGAUUAAAUCGCUACUUUGGCGAACUCUGCCACGAUGAUAGUUAUGUCGAACCGACGCUCUCAAUUAUUGGUGAUGAAGUAGAUAUUCCUAGCUUUACGGAACAGCAGGUAUGGAAUGCCUUGAAAAGAAUAAAGAGGACAGCAAUAGGUCCCGAUUAUGCAACAGGUCCCUCUUGCAAAGGUUGA